CCCGAAUGUGGUUGUUACACAACGCAGGUAAACAUGUGUUUUCUCCUUUCUGCCUGUGGCAUCUUAGUCGAAAAUACUUAUAUAUUGUAGCAACACUAUCGAGGUAAAAGAGUAAAAGCUACGCUGUUGGCCGACAGCUAUUUCCUGGUUUAGCUGCAGCAGUGUUUUGUCCUGUACCAGAAUGCCUGAGGGACCAGAGCUCCACCUGGCCAGCCAGUUUGUAAACAAGAUGUGUGAUGGAGUGGUCUUCAGUGGACCAGUCGGAAAAUCUGAGGUCAGCAAAAAUCCUGAUGUGCCCUUCACCUGUGAGGCGUACUGCAUCACGGCCACUUCCAGAGGGAAGGAAGUCAAACUCACACUGACGCCCAUCAAGUGUGAGGAUGAUCUAAAGAGGAGAGCAAAGGGCAAACAAGUGGAUCAGCCCAUGGAUGUGGUCUUCCGCUUUGGGAUGUCUGGUUAUUUCCGCUUUACUGGAGAGGAUGAGCUGCCCAAGCAUGCCCAUCUGCGUUUUUAUACCAAAGAGAAGCCCCGCAGAGUGCUGAGCUUCGUGGAUACUCGCAGGUUUGGCAGCUGGCAGCCCAAUGGAACGUGGCAGCCUGACAGAGGGCCCUGCAUCAUGUUUGAGUAUAAAAGAUUCAGGGAGAAUGUCUUGUCAAACUUGAGCGAUCGGGCUUUCGAUCGGCCGAUUUGUGAAGUCCUUCUGAAUCAAAAAUACUUCAAUGGUAUUGGGAACUACCUGAGAGCUGAAAUCCUUUACAGGCCGAACAUCCCACCCUUUGUGUGUGCCCGGAAUGUACUGGAAGGCCUUGAGUUGGAGGAUACUUUGGAUGAGAAAACCGUGAAAAAUGAGUUCCCAACCUCAAAGAAGUCUAAAAAGAAAACGAUGAACCAGGAAAGCGGUGACCUGCUCAGGCUUUGCCACACGAUUCCUCUGGAGGUGGUCAGUUUAGGUGGUAAAGGCUACGACCCCGAGAAAACGGACUACUCCACCUUCAUGGCAUGGCUGCAGUGUUAUUACGUUGACGGAAUGAAGACUAUGCGGGACCACAACGGCCGCACCAUGUGGUUCCAAGGAGAUCCAGGUCCCAUGGCUCCUAAAGGUUCAAAGUCACCCAAACCCAAGAAGAGGGUAAAGAAAGAGGAUGACCACGAUUACACAGAGAAGGAAAAGGCAACGGAAAGUCGCUGUGAAAGCACAACAAAGAAACAAAGGGUGGUCAAAAGAGAAACGCCAAAGAGAGAGGGGAAUGCACGUUCAAAGGAAGUGACAUCAAAGAGAGGAAAGACUCAGGAAGUGAUGCAGCAGAGUGAAACGAGACCUAAAUCACGUAAGAGGAAAAGCAACAACACAGACAAAACUUCUGGUAAGAAUAUUUCUGAAUCCUUAAACGUUUUUCAGGUAAACCAAACGCCGGGGGGGGGAAAAUAUUCUUCUUUCCUUGUUGCAGGAGAACAAAGUCGAACAGGGAGGGUGACCAGAAAGAACAGCAAAUGAAAACCAAAAGGAGACGCCACUUUAUGAAAUACUUUUGUACUUUUAUACUUGAAAUCUAUUAAUAAAGUUUUUUGUUUUUCAAAACCUGGUACAAAAAAGGUGUAAUCACUUUACUGUUAGCCAGAAGUUCUUAUCAAUAUUCCAACUCCUAAUUACUUGAAAUCACAAAAUGAGUUGAAGUGUCACAAUUUGAAAAGGUUUGAAGGUCAGAGAGAUUCCCUCCGGGGUAAUAAGAGCUGGCCGGGCCGGGUCACGCCUCUCCAAGAGGUCACAACUGAAAGAGAAGAAAAUUUUAUUCUUUGCAAGAAAUCCAGACAUGAAUACGAUAAAGAAAUGUAACACUUACUGCCAGGCUUCCUUGACUGGAAGGUUGGUGUUGAGUGUAGCAGUGACGCUGCCCCCAUGUGACUCAUACAGACGCACUACAAGUGUCCCCUUCCCAUCCUCGGCCUGGAGAGGUAAACAACCCGUGGCAUCAAGCAGUUCGUAAAAUCACACGUUUGCUUUUGUGUGAAUCAGCUUGUCUUGUUAUGUGAUGUACCUGUUUAAUGGUCUCAAGUAUGACUGAAGGAGGGCUGACUGAGAAGGCGCUCCAGGGUUCAGAGUCAGGAUGGCAUUGGAUCAGCCUCAGUGGGAAGUUCAGGUUGUAGGAGCACUGGAUAACAGAUGCAUCUUGGAAAGAGUCUAAGUAAAGACAUUGGUUUAAGUUUAAAGGGGCAUUAUGGAAGUUUGACAGUCAAAACAUGUAUAGAAAUAAUACAUUUCUUCUUCAUACAUUCUCCUGCAAUGCCCUGGUCCGGUAGAAUGAGCCCUGGCAUUUUUACUGUGAUUGCCUGUUUUUCUGUAAAAAUCACAGAAGAGUUGCUCGGGUCGAGCAGGCUGCUUCAUGCGCGUUCACGCUCAGGCAUAGCCCGUAGCAUUUGCUAUCCGUAGCUUUAGUCUGUCGCUGUUCCUAACGCCUAGUGACAAACCUAGCUACAUUUUUGAGGACCCUAAGCUACUUUCUGUAGAACUUUCUUCAAGAUAUUUCCUGCAAAUUAGCAACAAAAUAGCCAUUUUCGCUCCUAGCCGUUCUUUGGACGUUGUUUCAGCUGUCAUCAAGGAUAUAAAUGUUACAGAUACAACAGGCAUCACCGACGCUUUAGCUCACCUAGUAAGACGUCGGACUCUCGUGCUGAAGAGCCGAGUUUGAUUCUGGAUGUGAACAUAGUUUAUUUAGAGUUUAUUUUUUACUUUAAUGUAUAUUAUUUUACAGUAAGAUGCCCAAAUUUUUAUUUGAGACUCGCUGAACGGCAUUGAAUUCACAGAUAAAAAAGAUGUGGGUUCAACUUUCAUUUUGGAACAAAUUUUCAAGCAAGGGAAGGGAAUGAUCUGAGCAUGCAGGAAGACUGGCCCAUCAUAAACCUUUGGCUGUGCUCAAGAGAAAGGUACAGAACCAAUUUAUUUCAUUAAUUAGCUGCGCGUUCUCCUGUCCUCUGUCCUCCGGACCACACACACACACACACACGACUGUCUCAGAGCUCUGUUAUUUUCGUUAAGGAGUGUGCACGCACAGCAUGCACGCCUCGUGCACGAGCCUACUAUUGAAGCUGCCGUUACGCUUUUGGCCAAUCGCCAGCAUAAAAAUUCAAAACUCCGUAAAGUCCCUUUAAUGAGUCUCAGUAACACGGAGAAAAGAGAAGCAUAAAACUUACUUGUGUGUGGCAUGAUGGCGUAUGUGAACUGAUGAGUCCCCAUGUCUGCAACAGCAUCUGGGGCCUUAGGUGCUCUCAGCCUAAAACGACAUUUAUUUUUAAACAAAAGUCGUAUUUUUAAUUCAGUGCAGGUGAGAUUUGGUGUAAAACAGGGAAACCUCACAAGGACAGGGUCAUUGUGUUCCUGUGGAUGGAGUAACCGUAUUUGGAGUCAUUCAGAAGUGCAACUCCAAAGUUGUGCUCAGAUAGGUCUGCCCAUUUGUGAGCCCAAACCUGAGAAAGAAAACGCCAAUGAUGACACAAAAUGUUUAAACAAGCAAGGCCUCGCUGGUGUGGCUGGAUUUUUAAACAUGUUUAAAAGGUAAGAAAUCAACUGUCAAAAUAGUCACAGUGACAUUAGGAGCUUCUAGAAUCCCAGAAAGUGUAAAAAAUGUCAGAUUAUGAGGAAAAUCUGCUAACAAAACGAGAAAUGAUUAAAACACUAAGAGACAAAAUUGCAUGAUCUUUUCACGAAUGUUGUAGGUGAGUUAACCAUCAAUUGAGAAUUUGCUAAGUUUUUGCAGCUUUACGUCUAAACUAGUCUCCAGCAGUCCCUGCCCAGUGAGCGAGGGUCUUCAGUGACACGGAGAACCCUGGAGGACUGGUGUCAUACCUCAAACCUGGCCCAGUCCCAUGAUGUGUUCCAGUGAGUGGGUCGCUGCAGAUGGCCAAACUGGAUCUCGUAUGUCGCAUUCGGGCUGCGCACUCGCACAGGAAACUCCACCUUGAGAAACUUGUGUGACUCCGCCCACUGCACCUGAAAUCAGUGAAGACAGUGACCUUUUCUCCCGUAAUAAAGUGUUUUAUUAAGAAACGGAGGUGAUGCAACGCUUUGGGGUACCUUUGUGUUGAAUUUGAUGUAAGGACACACAGCAUCCAUGACGAUCUCUUGUGUGACCGUGCUUUUAUCACUGAUCCUGAGGGCAAAGCUGACGCUGCCCCGAAGCCCACCUGAGGACACCACCUGAACCGGCUGCACCACCUCCACCACAGGCUUCCUACAGGAUCAGUACAACAGCGUUUAUCUAAAAGUUCCCACUAGUGCAUUACAAUGUGAAAGAAAUGACCAACACCUCGUCUGAAGAUGGUAAUCCAUCACAUCCCAGGCAUCCCAGUACAGAGGGACAUCAUCAAAUAUGACAAACUGGUUUCCAGCACAACCAUCAGAGAUGGUUUCUCUGAAAUAAGUAAACAGCACGAUCACCCAUACGGACACAUCAUAUACAGGUGUUCAUUUAGUCCUGUAUUACCUGUUGGCACUGAUCACUCUCAGAGAAGUCAGAGUGCCAUCUUUUCUUACGAUGGUCUGUAGAAUUCCAUUCUCCAUGACGACAGCACCAUCAGCCUAAUGCAUUAAACCCUCAUUAAUGCCAAUAAUAAACAACUAAUCAAUCAUCACUUUUAUUUAAGGAAUACCUGAAGUGUGACAGAGACAGGAGUCAGGGGUUGGGUUUCUUUCACCAGAGAUACUCCGACGCUGGGAGCUCUCACCAGAGCUGAAGAACCACAAUGCAACAGAAAUCAGCUUAAAGGUUAGAAACCCACGAUCUAAAGUCUCUAACGUACCCAGACGAGGUUUCUCUGAGUCAUCUGUAAUCUGUAUGACUUCAUGGCGCUCCCAUGGAAGAGAGUUGAACACACCAGUGGAGCCACCCUUUGACCCCAAAGCCUCACAAGCCUCUUGCAGAAGUGCAGCUCCGUCACCGUGGAUCUCUUUGGGUGCCGUUGUGCAGCUCCAGGAAAAGCUCUCCGGUCCACGUGCACAGCAGAGCUGAGUCAGCCUGAAGCUGUGAGAAAAGCUUGUCAGGGCUGGACAUCUGGACUCUGAGAAACACCCACACAUAUAGAUGGAAGUGAGCAAGACUGUCCCAUCAUCCAAAAGUCUAUUUCUAACUUUGACUAAAACAGGAGAGCAUUUACUAGAACAGUAUGACAUCAGUAGACGUGGCUCAUAUCCCCCUACAUUUUAACAAUGUUGUGCCUCGUUAUGUACGCCUUUUAAAAUCAUAAUCCUGGAAAUGGUGCAGAACAAAGGCAGUAAACUAAAACAACUGACUAAAGUAGGAGGGAAGGGUUUCCUGCUCCGUGUGGGUUUGGUUAUUGCUCCAGAUAAGUGAUGAGUUUGUGUUAAAAACAAGAAUGGACCUGGGAAGCCCAUCUGUGUCCUUGAUGAGGUGAAGUCUGUCCAGCAUCAGCUGUGUGGGCCCACCACCACCAUCCCCAAAGCCAAACAACGCUGCGCUGUGAUUGGCUCUGCCUUUAUCUUUGUUAUUCUUCACAGUUUUCACAAGCUGUGGGAAGAUUUCACACAAAACUUGAGAAACUCUCUGAAAUAAUUUCACCCAGACUCAACAAUCAUCAUAAGCACAAAAGUCUAAACUCACGUCUUCAACCUUGCCUUUCAUUUCGUAGGAAUUUCCAGGUGGGAAGUGAGUCAAAACUUUGGAGCCGUCCAGACCUUCCCAGAAAAAUGUGUUGUGCUUUAAACAAAGAAAACACAGAAAUCGAAACUGAAAGUUAAGCCUUUUAAAACAUUUUUAAAGUAAAUUCGUAUAAUGAACGCACAGGAAAGGUGUUGACCAGAUUCCAGCUAAGUUUCUGUGUCAGGAAGUUAGAAAUGCCACAUCCCUGCAUGAUCUGAGGCAGCUGGGCAGAGUAGCCAAAUGUAUCGGGAAGCCAGAACUGCAGAAAAGGCAAAUACAUGUAAUUUGUGACUUUAUAAUCAACUCUAUAAAGUAUCUUACAUUUAAUCCAGAUUAUGUCAGCUUAUGUAAAACUAUGUUAAGAAUACCUCUUUGCACAGCAUCCCAAACUCUUGGUUAAAAAAGCGCUGGCCCUGCAGGAACUGACGCACCAUGGACUCGCCUGAAGGCAGGUUUCCAUCCUAAACAUGGGCAUGUUGUUUCUUUGACUAUUUUCAACAUAUGCAUGUAAUUCAUUCAUCUGAGUAGCUUUACCAUUUCCACCCAUGUUCCUCCAACUGGAAUAAAUUGGCCUCUUUUGACAUAAUGCUGAAUCUUGGUGAAGAGUCCCGGGUACCAGUUCUUUACCCACUCAAACUGCUGGGCCUGGAACAAUAAUCUGGAGUUAAAACAGGACCAGAUUAAGACCAAUUAAGUGUCAAUUAAGCUCAUUAAAUAUGAUUCUGAUGCAAUAACCUGAGAGCAGGUGAAGACAAACUCUGGAUCUUUCUCCAUUAAACUGACCGCCGUCACCCAACUUCGACCGCAUUUACGAAUCGUCUCUUCGUAGGGCCACAGCCAGGCUGUAGAUAACAAAGAAAACAAUAGUUCAGCACAAAGUUUUCAUAGUAAAACUUACAGCCAACAGUUUAAUGAAUGAAACAGGAUGUUAGCAUUUCGGGAGCUGUUCUGCUGUGGUUGUGAUAAGAGACCUGAGUCUAUGUGGCAGUGACCCAUUGCGUGGACAGUGUGCUGACUUUCUCCGUUGUGCUGGCUGAAGAACUUGUGAGCCAGACUGUGGGCUUUAGAGAAGGAGCUGGGGUCAGAGGGGUCACAGAGGUUCACCAUCUCAUUGGCAGUAAAAAGAGCCUGGUAGCCUCUCUGUUCUCCUUCUCCAAGCUCCUGUUCCAAAACAGCCGGAUUUUUCAUUUGCCUUAAUCACAUUUUCUCUUAUUGGAGUAUUAUACGGCUGAGAGUACCUUAACAAUGUCAACAAGCAUCUCGAACUCAGUCAGCAGCUUCUGUACAUUCCUGUUGAAGAUCACCAACUCUGUCUUGUGGACAGAGAACUUCCUGUUUGGGUCUGGAGCUGCGAUCAUGGACCCUUGACCAGCUCCAAACAGACCGUUACAGGCCAUUUCUACAUACAGGGUUAAUCUGCAGAGAGAGAAUUAUAUUAAAAACAGCAGAAACUUUAGUUUUUAUCUCAGAUUUUAAUCAGCUGACCUGUGGGGCUCUUCGUCUUUCAGACACUCAGAUAGUAUGUAACUCGUCUUUUCACCCUCCUUAGUCAGCCCCUGCAAAUUAGAAUUAGAUGUUACUCUCUGCAAUUAAAUCUGUAUGCAUUUCUUCUCGCUCUAGCCAAAUAAACACUAAAAAUGUCUGCUUCAUGACCUGAACUGGCUGCCCAUCUCUCCAGACCAUCGCCUCCCCAUCACUUUCAAAGAGAAGAUGAACCUCUUUCCCUCUCCAGGAUUCAGGGAUCGUCAUGGACACUUUAAACCAGCAAGUCCACCACCUUUAACAAUUAUCAAGCCUGGGUUAAAGACAGAAUUUGGGGCAGUAGAAGAUGAGAGGUAUAAAAACCUGUAUAAAUAAUCUACUCACGUUGGUCCAAAGGUGUCACCGAUAUGAUAAGGGUCAAAGUUCUGCUGAGAGGCUUCACUGAAUGUGAUUCUGUUAGGGGACAGGAAGGAGUCGAUGGUUUCCAAGGGACACGAUUCUCCAUAAAGCCUGCAGAGAUCAAAUCAACAAGAACAGGAUCAUUUAUACACACAAAAAUAUACAGGCUGCUGGAUUCUAUGAGGGGAAAGCUCAAUCCAAUAAGCAAUACAAUAAACCAGAUUAAUCACAUUUUUUAAAUAAAAUAUGAUUUAAAAAUUUCUUUUUGAGAUGACUGAUGAGGUUCUCAUCUUUUGAAGUAAAUUUUAUGGUUGAUUCUUUUUUUAACUCGUUGAAGACAGCUCUUUGAAUGACCUCAGUUUAGAGAAAUAGAGCUUAGUCCAGAUCGGAUAGGUGAGAUAACUUCUGUUUAUAAUAGGGCCAGCUGGGGUGUAUUGUUAAAGCAUUUAGAAAACCUUAAAACCAUACCCACUUGAUGGCCGCUUAACACCUGCUUUAUAUCCUUGUUUGUGAUUGUGAUCAAUUUCACGAGAGCCAUGGUUUAUUUACGUACUUAUUUAUUUAUUCUUAUUUUGCGUGCACAGUUUCAUUUAUGGUGAAUAUUGAUCUACUCCCUUUAAUUUUUAACAUUCCUUCUUUUUGACUUUUCUUUUCUGGAAUGGUGUCCAACGUGUUCUAGGGAAGGGGUGGGGUGGGAUUAACACACACACACACACACACUCACACACUCACUGCUGCUUUUGACACAGUUGAUCACAAUUUUCUCUUAAAAAGGCUCGAACAGGUUGUAGGAAUGAAAGGAACAGCGCUAGGCUGGUUUAAAUCUUAUCUGUUUGACAUAUUUAAUUUAGUUAAUGUACAUGACAAAUCUUCAUACUCUAGGGUUACUUGUGAAGUACCACAGGACUCAGUUCUUGAACCAAUUCCUUUCACUAUAUAAAUAUGCUUCCAUUUGGUAAAAUCAUUUGACAGCAUGGGAUAAACUUCUACUUAUUUAACUUCAAGGUUUUUAUCCAUAAACCUGAUUAACCUAAUCAGUUAGGUAGAUCACAAACUAGUCUUGAAGACAUAAAUGUGUGGAUGGCUCAAAACUUUCUGCCCUUAAAUCCAGACACGACAGAAGUUGUCAUCUUUGGACCAAACUUAUUUGUGUGUGUGUGUGUGUGUGUGUGUGUGUGUGUGUGUGUGUGUGUGUGUGUGUGUGUGUGUGUGUGUGUGUGUAUGUCUGCAUUGUCUUCUCAAAUCCCCAAUGAGUCGCAGCAGAUGGUUGCUCAUACUGGGCCAGGUUCUGUUGGUUUCUUCCUGUUAAAAAGGAGUUUUCCUCUCCACUGUUGCUACAUGCUUGUUUAGUAUGGGGAUUGCUGCAAAGACACAAGUCAUUGUUUAUUCCACUAAAAAUAUAAUAAAAAUGUAGCCAGAAGGAACCUGCAGGAAAUUACCUGAAUCAUAACUAUAAAUAAUUGACUCUGUGCAUCUUAGCAUAUGCUACUUCUGGGGGGGAAAACUCCUAAGAGCGUUUCACUUCCGUUGUUAGCCUCUGCAUGUUUACGCUAGGAUGUACAGUUGGGUUUUUCAUCAGAAGUCAGGCAAAUGGCUGAAUUAAGCGGUGAUUUAAACUUCUCAAGAUGUCUCGGGCAUUUGCCAAAUUUAUCUGUAGAUGAUGUUCAUCGACUCGUUGAUCUUUUUCCCCCGCGCCUCUGAGCAAAAGAGAGAAAGGAUUCAAGUUUUACAUCUCCCAGUAUUUGUAUAAUUUCGAAGGUAAGUCACAACAACAUAUCCUUCAUAAAUACUAAUAUAUAGGGACCCUUAACAGCGAAACAGUCAUUUAUUUUUUUAUAUCCUUUGGCUUUUUUUUCACGGUUUGCUGACAUGCUGUGUGGGUGCGUGUUUGACUGCGUUAGUUCAUCUAAGUGUAGCAGGGGAAACAUCUGGUUUUUGACUAACGCUCCCAAACUCCGGGUCGCUCUGACUUUUUCGUGAAGUCAUUCCAGUGGAAUAAAGAUGGAACAAUUGUUGGCUGAAGACAUUGAUUUCCAGAGGAAGACAAGAACAUCUCACCAGUCUCAAAAUGCCGACUACACACUCUAGAGCUGGCCGUAACUCUGAAGCGGUCCUGUCUGAUUUUUAUCAGUCAUUGUGCCCGCAACUCAGGAUCCUUGGGAAAGGAGUGAAAACUAAUCGUUUUGUUAAAUCUCCGUCCAGCAGUACACAGCAGGACGCUGCAGUGAUGAGUGUUUCCACCUUCUGCUCUUUGUAGUUUAAAGCGAUCAUUCCGUUUUUGUAAUUUUGACAUGACUUUUGAGUCCGCAACAGUAGCGAUUCAGCAAAAUAAAAGCACAAUAAAGUUAGCGGAAAUUAACAACUCUACAUCGGGUCUCAAAACAGGAAGUUAGCCUUUUCUCAUGCACAGGGUCUAUUAUGCAAAUAACUAUGUGAUGUGAUAUUAGGCAAAGUGUAAUCAUUCAUAAAUUAGCAUUGAUAUUUUUUUAUAUUCGUUGUUUUAACACUCACCCUUACUCAAACUAGCCGUAACUCCAUCUGUCUAGCACGAACAAAUCUCUGUUUCUACAAACUGAGGCUGAUCACGGAUAGAAACGCUGCAAAAAAUCUGAACUGCACAUUUUUUGUUGUUUUUGCAUUGCACUUAUGGUAUGCCUCCAUUAGCAGUUUAUAGACGGACGCUGUGGUAUUAAAAAGAGUUAAUGAAA